GGCUCGGGAAAGGUGCAGGAUCUAUCAACGACCUUGCACCCUGCAAGAUCCGCGCGCGGCGCAGCACAGCCGGGCUCCCGCAUCCGCGUGUUCGCAGCCCUGCACAUGGAGUUCGUUCCUUCUCCCGCACGCGACUGCGCCCGGGGACACAGACCCACCACCCCGCACAGGCCCACAAAGUGGCACGCAGACCCACAAGUGAGCGGACACGCAGCGCUGAGCAGAUUUGUCGGGACACAGGCGAGCGCUACGCUCCCCUCCCCUCCCCCGCCUCCUCCACCUCCCCAGCCCCCAAGCCCCAGGGCAGCCGCACGCCCGGCGGGGCGGGGCGGGGGCGGGGCGGGGUGUCGGCGGCGCCUGCCCAAAAGGCGGAGUCGCGAGGCUAAGGGGCCAGAGCAGUGAGCGCGGUGCUGACUGCGCGGUGGAGAGAGCCAUCGGGAACCCAGACCCCAAGGAGCCCCCGGUUCUCGCCCGGCCUGGCCAGGCCCCGCGCUAUGGAGUUCCUCUGGGCCCCUCUCUUGGGUCUGUGCUGCAGUCUGGCCGCUGCUGACCGCCACACCGUCUUCUGGAACAGUUCAAACCCCAAGUUCCGGAAUGAAGACUACACAGUACACGUGCGGCUGAAUGACUACCUGGACAUCAUCUGUCCGCAUUACGAGGAUGACUCUGUGGCAGAGGCUGCCAUGGAGCGGUACACGCUGUACCUGGUGGAGCGUGAGCAGUACCAGCUGUGCCAGCCCCUGUCCAAGGACCAGGUCCGCUGGCAGUGCAACCAGCCCAGUGCCAGGCAUGGCCCGGAGAAGCUAUCUGAGAAGUUCCAGCGCUUCACACCCUUUACUCUGGGCAAGGAGUUCAAAGAGGGACACAGCUACUAUUACAUCUCCAAACCUAUCCACCACCAAGAAGACCGGUGCUUGAGAUUGAAGGUGACUGUUGAUGGCAAAAUCACUCACAGUCCUCAGGCCCAUGCCAAUCCCCAGGAAAAGAGACUUCCAGCAGAUGACUCGGAGGUGCAGGUUCUACAUAGCAUUGGUCACAGUGCCGCGCCCCGCCUCUUCCCAUUGGCCUGGGUUGUGCUGCUCCUGCCAUUCCUGCUGCUGCAAACCCCAUGAAGGUGUGAGCCACAUCUGGCCUAAGGAUUGGAACUGGACUGAGGAGGCAGGGGCAGGCACCCAGCACCUGCCUUGGGGCCCCUCCCAAAGCCCCAGUCCUGGGAACCACUCCCACCACAUGCACAAGCUGCCACCCAGCAGCCUCAAAACGGGUCAGUAUUAAGGGUUUCAACCCAAAGGAGGUCGGCAGGUCUGGCAGUGCCAUCCACACCUCCACCUCAGAGGGACGGACGAAGAAGUGGGGACAGUCCUUUUCCCGCCAUUUCUGCCCUUAAGCCAAAGAAACAAGCUGUGCAGACAUGGCCUCUUAAGAAGGGCGCUGUGGGAGCUGAGCUGGAAGGGGCCUGGGGUCAUGCGGAUGGACACCGAGCUUGGCAAAGAUGCCCCUCCCAGAGAGAGCCAGGAUGCCCAGAUGAACUGACUGAAGGAAAAGCAAGAGACAGUUUCCUGCUUGGGUGCCAGGGACAGGAGAGGCAGCAUGCUUGGGCUGACCCAGCAUCUCCCCCAAGGCUGUGGAGCUGCCAUGGAGAGGUUUGUAGCUAGGCACUGCAUCCUCUCCCAUCAUGGGGCAGCACUCCCCAGAGCUGUGCCAGUAGGGUGGCUAUGUCAACUUAGAGUGUAGCUGAAAGGGCAAUGCCUACGUGCACAGAGUCUGUGCCUAGAGUGUUGCCUGAAGGGCAGGGCCCAUGUGUACAGGAUCUGUAUAUAAACUUUCUGUGUGUCUGUUCUGAUUUCUACAAUUGGAUUUUUUUUAUACAAUGUUCUCUGUCUCAAAAUAAAGCAAUGUGUUUGGUUUUUUUGGACAUGCUUUUCUGCCCCUCCAUCCUAAUUUAUGACCAUUGAGUCCCUGCUA